UAAAUUUCCAGACUCAAAUUUAAAUUCUCGUUUGGAAAAUAUAGACGUUACAAUUAUAUCCCAGUCGAGAAUUUCUCAAAUCCUCCUCCUCCUUCUUCGUCGUCACUAUCAUUCUGUUCCUACUCAAUUCGUGGCCAUGCCUUCUAACAACAAGUCCUUGCCAUCAGUGGCAUCAAAUUCAAGCCCUAGAAGAAGUUCAGAAAUCAGCAACCCUAUCAGGAAGAGUUUUAUCGGAAACCCAUUCUCUAAGCCCUCCCUAGUCGCAAACCCUACUAGUUCUAGAUCCGUUUUCCCCAACACUCCCGCCAACAGUCCUUCAGAUUUUCAGGUAAGGAACAGUGUUGCGGGCAGAGAAAGUGGGGGGUCUUUGCGGUACGUUGACGACAAAGAAAAUGGGAAAGAUCAGACAUUGAAGCCCGGGAAGGUUCGAUCACCAGCUGCUUGCUUGAAGGGCUCAAAGAAUUUCAUGUCUCCGACCAUCUCUGCUUCCUGCAAGAUUAUUGAAUCUCCGAGGAAAAAAGUGCUGUUUGAGAGGAAUGGGCCAGUUCCAGAUUCUGUUCCAUCUGCAGAGGCCAAAAGCAACGUUCGCAAGGUAACUUUUGCAGAACCCUUGGAAUGUGGUGGCUUGCAAUCAGACCACCUUGAUCUAGUAGAAGAGAGAAAACUUGAUUCUAUAUUUGACGUGGUUCCAAAUUUUGAGGAAUCACAUAGUAGCCGCUCUAGUUUGACAUCUGAGGAAGAUUUGAGUGAUGAAAGUGAAACUGUCCAUGAUAUCAGUGUUCCUUUGGUUCCAAAUAAUGACACUGAUGUGUCAUUUGAGGCUGAACAUGAUCUGAAUGUUCCUUUGGUUCUAGAGGAUGAUAACAUUGAGACAGAACCUUCAUUUGAAACUGUUUCCCUCGAUCAUGAUUGUGUUAACCUUGACCCAACUUUCAAGCUUAGUCCUACCCCACCUCCAGCUUCAUCCACAGCAACCAUCUUAGCUCCUCUUGAUGCCGAUCCCUUGAUGCCACCUUACGAUCCUAAAACAAACUAUCUCUCCCCUAGACCGAAGUUUCUUCAUUACAAACCUAGACCAAGGAUGGAACUUUGCAGUGAGAGUAUCAUAUCUGGUAGCUUCUCUGAUACAGAAGUUACAGAGGAUUCUCAGUCCGAAGGUUCACAGAAGGAAGCAGAGGAGGUCUCUUCGGAUGAGGCAGUUAUGGAGGAAGAAAGCCAAGGUUCUGAUGAACCAAGUCCUGCUGAGGGAACCAUUGAAGCCAACCCUAAGCGCCGCUUCUCUAUGAAAUCAUUGGCUUUUGGUCUGAUUAUUCUCCUCUCAUUUGCUGUUCUCUCCAUCUCAGUCAUCAAUUCUCCGGUGGUUCAUCAUACAGUGUUUGAAGACAUGUAUGAGGCUUAUGAAGCGUCUCAACUUUCAGAUUUUGCAAGGGCCAACUUUGAUCAAUUCACCCAGUUUGCAAAAGCAAAAUUCGAUUGGUUAGCUCAGAAUCUCCAUAUCCGGUUUAUUAAGUCCUUAACAUCAAUAUCUGAGCUGAUAUCCAAAGUUAGAGGACUACAAAUUCAUAGUUUGGCCCAGUUGCAAUACUACAACUUGACCGUUGUGCCAGAUCAUGUUGUGGUUAAUCAGUACCAUGUAUUUCGUAGGGGCAAAAAUGAAGUUGUUGAUGCCGAAAUCCAAUCAACAGUACUUCACAUUCAAGAAAGUGAAGUCAUCUCAGACAUUGAUGCUGAUGAUGAGGAUGAUAGUGAAGAUAUUUCAGAAGAGCAUUAUGAGAUAUAUGAAGAACAAGUUCAGCAAGAACUGGAAGUAAUUACUGAAGCUGAAAGUGCUUUAGAUGCUCCACAACCAGAGCAGUCUUUGCAACUUACUGAAGCCGGAAAUUCAGAUGCAAAGCAAGAACAAGAAGGCAACGUUUAUUUCAAUGUUGAAGGUGUUUCAGAAUUGGAUGACGUACUUAAGGGCCAAGCAGGAAUUAUACCAGAGCAGGCUUUGCAACUGGCUGAAGCAGAAAUUUCAGAAGCAAUGCAUGCACAAGAAGAGGAUGCUCACUUCUUCAAUGUUGAAGACUCUGAUAUCCAUAUUGAUGUGAAGCAAACACUAGGAGAUGAUGCCAGGUUUUUCAAUAUUGAAAAACCAAGUAACCAAGGUCUAGAGAAUUUGCCUAGUUUAGGCUCAGAAGUUGAAAAAAUUCAUGCUGAAGUCUAUGAUGAAGAAGCAGAUGGAAAUUAUGCAACAGUAGAUGCUGCAAUCACCAGGAAUGAAAAGAGAUCUGAAACAACUGACAUAACUCCACUUAUGAUGCUAUAUUUGCUGCUCUGUGGAGGUGCACUUAUAAUUGCUCUUGUAUCUUUCAACUUUUCAAGGAAAGGUAAAAUCGGAAGCAAAAGGGUCACCAGCUCUGUGGAGCAACCUUUGAUUGGUAAGGAGUUGCAUGCCAACAACUCAUUGCAAACUCUGAACAAAAAGCAAAUUUCUCCAGAGAAGUCAUCUCUCAGGAAUGGACCCACAGAAAUGGAUGUGCUUGAAGAGCAUUGCCCUUCUGAAAUGAGCAGCUUUCAGCAGGGUUCAUCCCAAGGUGAUAAAGCAAUAAACCAGUCGGAUGAAGAUCAUAGCGUAGAGAAGAAGAGCAAGAAGCACUAUAGGAGAGAAUCUUGGGCCUCUUCAGACUAUUCCAUGGGUUCGACAUCAUCCUAUGGAAGCUUAACAGUGUACGAGAAAAUUCCAAGCAAGCAGGGAGAUGGGGAUGUGGGAAUAGUAACUCCUGUUAGGCGUUCAAGUAGGAUCAGAAAUCUUGCUACUUCUCCUUCAUGAACCUUGUGAUACUUUUUCUAAGUUCUCUUUUGUAUUGUUAGUUUGUAAGCAGAAGUGUCCUAUCUUCUGAAUCUCAUGUUCUUGACUCUGUAGCUUAACAAGUUUGUUGUUGAAUGACUAUUGUCAAUGAGUUAUAUUAUUAAUCUUUGUGUUGCUUCCUUUUGUAA